AUGUUCCAGAUCAAACUAUUGUUCAUUCUGACAUUAAACCUCUUUUACCUACAUACUUCAGUAUUUGCAAAUUCAUCAAAAUUCUCCAGAUUCUCAAGACACACAAACUCCGAGUCAUCAUCAAGAAGAACCCAAUAUUCAAGUUCCGACGAUGGGUUUCUCAACUCAGUCCAACUUAGCUGGUACCACGCUUUUUUAGCUCAUUCCCUCGCCUUAAGCCUCGCGCUCUCUCACCAUACAGCUCAACAAGUCAUGCUAGAUCCUGUCAACGACUGUCUAGAGCUGCUAGACGACAGAAUCGACAUGUCUCGCAUCGUCACAAAACCUAAAGAUCACGUCAAUGAUGAUGUUCAUACGUGGCUAAGCGCGGCGUUGACUAAUCAAGAAACAUGUAAGCAAAGAAGCCUAAGCGAGAAAACAAGCCUCAACAAAGACGGAAUCACGAUAGAUUCUGUCGCAAGAAACCUCACCGGUUUACGCACCAAAUCGCUCGACAUGUUCAUUUCCACGUCUAGACCUGAAACUGUUGGCCGUAAACUACUGUCCAAGAUUUUCCGACGUGGGUUUCUUCCUCGGACCGGAGGAUUUUAG